UUUAGCAAUUUGCCAAAAUUUAGCCCCUCCAAUUUUACCUGCUAUACGGUAUUAGGCAUAGCCUUGAUAGGUCUAAAUGCUGGUAACAUUGUUGCAUAUCUUUGUUGCCUCAAGGAGACCACUGCUCCCUUAAAAUCAAAGCAAAACUGAUAUGCCCAGUGUAGUAGAAACUAUAAAUCAAAUCAGAGUAGCCUAUCAAGUUUUCUAGGGGCCCAAAUAAUUCACAAUGCAAACAGUCCAUAAACUGCAAAAGUGUUCAUUUCAUUGGCUUCUUGGUUUUGACUACUAAUUAUUUCCUCCACAUCAGUCAUCAGUGGUAACAUUCUGUUCGACAUAGCUGUGAUUACUCACUAGUCAAAUCAUUAAUUAAAUAGCUAUCUGAAUUCAAUCAGAAUAUUUUCACAACUUAUGGCUAAUCCUUUAUUAUGUUAUGUCAACAGUGGUCAUUGAUUUGUAUAGCACUUCCUGUCUUAACGUAAUGCCUUAUCUAAUUGCCUUACCUUAACUGUACAUUGUGAACCAGUCUGUAGUCAUUGAGAUCAUCUAUUUAUAUGCGUCUACUAAUUCUAAUUAAUUGAUGAAGUCAGAUACCUAAAUGAGUAUAUAAAUAACGGAGUCAGUUUAUAGUUUAUUCAAUCAAUCUGUAGUAUAUAACUAAAAAUGACAGACAGAGUCAAGGCAAAAUGGACUCCUCAGGUAUCUGCCACUCAACAAGCAAAGGACUACAGAACUAAAUUCAAAUAUAAUCUCUUCUUUCGAUUAUUCUUUUGUUGGGUUGACCCAUUAUUUUGUCUGGGCAGUAAACGUAGCCUUGAGUUCAAUGACCUGUAUGCUCAUCCAUCAGAAGCAGACUCCAACUACCUCUUGAACAAAUUCAACAAAUAUUGGUUUGUGGAAUUGCAGCGAAAAGAACGUGGACAGUCUCCAAGAUUAUUUAUUGCAUGGCUUAAGUGUUUCUGGUGGAAAGUAAUACUUCAUGGAGUACUUAUUUCAUUUAAUGUGGCCUGCAUGAUAACUCUAUCAGAGCUAUUGGGAUCACUGGUUGAUUACUUCGUCAUUGAAUCACCUACACCAGAUGAUACAAAAAUGGCUCUACUUUUUGCAAUGGGAAUUACUCUAUCAUCAUUGGGUAUCAUGUUUUUUCAUGCCCAUCACUUUCAUCAGGGCUUUUUGACUGGCUUUUAUACUAAAAUAAUGUUUACUGGAUUGAUUUAUAAAAAGACACUGCAACUUAGUCAGGCUACUGUGGGAAAACUUUCAGUUGGCCACAUUGUGAAUCUUGCUUCCAAUGAUGUACAUAAAUUUGAUGAAGCCUUUGCUAGAUAUCAUUUUUUAUGGAUUGGUCCGCUACAUGUUAUGGUUGUAACUUAUCUCUUGUACAUAGAAGUGCAAUGGAGUGCCUUUGUAGCUACUGCCUUGCUUGUUUUUCAAAUUCCUCUACAUCUAACAGUUUUAAAAUUUUUCUCCAAGCUCAGAUUUAAAGCUGCUAAAAUGACUGACAGAAGAGUUAAAGUUAUGAAUGAAGUAAUUAGUGGAAUAAGAGUCAUCAAAAUGUAUGCCUGGGAAUAUGCUUUUAGAGACCUAGUAGCUACUAUAAGAAGGACUGAGUUAUUUAUAGUCUUGAAGUAUUAUUUGUGUUUGUCAGUCAGUCAUACCUACAAAACUGCAUUGAAUGCCAUGAUCAUGUUUCUGACAUUUGCUGUCUAUGUUAAUACUACUGGAAAUGAGCUGGUUCCUAGGAAGGUUUUUGUUACUCUUUCCCUUAUAACUUUUGUUCGUUUUACUUCAGUUCGUUUUUUUAUAAUGGCUACUCACAAUAUUGCUGAUGCUAGAGUAGCAUGGAUUAGAAUAAGGAAAUUCUUACUACUCAAUGAACAAGAGGUAAAUGCUAAUUUUCGUUUGAAAAACUCUUGUAAAGAAAGCCAAUCAGUGAAAAUUCACAAAAGUGUCACUGUACAGGAUCUCAGUGCUUCUUGGUCUAUGGACAAUGAGAAGUUAACAUUACAAAAUAUAUCAUUCACUGUUAAUGAAGAGAAACCAUUGCUGGCUGUAGUAGGUAGUGUGGGGUGUGGGAAGUCUACUCUUCUUCAAUGUCUUUUGAAGGAAUUACCAGCUUUACAAGGAUCAGUUGCAGUCAAUGGCUCUAUAGGUUAUGCUAGUCAAGAAGCAUGGGUAUUCUCAGCUACAGUGAGAGACAACAUAUUAUUCGGUCUACCAUACGAUGUGGAAAGAUACAAUUCUGUCAUAGAAGCCUGUGCUCUUACAAAAGAUAUUGAUCUGUUACCUGAAGGUGACUUAACACUAGUAGGAGAAAGAGGAGUGACUCUCAGUGGAGGGCAAAGAGCUAGAGUUAACCUAGCAAGAGCAGUUUACUGUCAAGCUGAUGUAUAUCUUCUUGAUGACCCAUUAAGUGCUGUUGAUCCUGCUGUUAGCAAGCAUCUUUUUGACAAGUGCAUUUGUGGUUUACUGUCUGAUAAAUGUGUGAUACUAGUGACUCACCAGAUACAGUAUCUUAAGCAGUGUGAUGCUGUGCUUGCUUUAAAAGAAGUACAGGUGUACUGAAUUUUACUUAUU